AAGUAUUGAAGAAAUACACCAAAUUAUUAAUUCUGAUGCUGAGGAUAUUUUCGACGAAAAUGAUAGCGAUGAAGACUUUGUACCUAUCGCAGAAAAUGAAACGGACGAUUCAAAUACUUCAUCCAGUGAAAGUGAAGUAGAUGUCGGUUUUGAAGGUAGCAAUGCGACAGAAGAAGUCAAUUUGCCAAAUAUUUUAUCGAAAGAUAAGAGCAUAAUAUGGCAUGAUCAGCCACUUCCAAUUUCAAGAGGCAAAAGUCCUCGAAAUCAAUUUUUAUGUCGAAGUCCUGGCCCAUCAAAGUGUGCUAUUUCUAUGGUCACAGAUACAAAAUCCUCUUUUGAUAUUUUCAUGCCCUCAAGUAUAAAAAACAUAGUGGUAGAAAUGAGCAACAUCAGACAGUUGGAAAAUUAUAGACCUUAUAGAAUUGGAAGCAUACAUAGCAUUGCAAAUCUUAGCAGGAGUAUACAAAUCGCACAAUGAAAGUCUAAUUCAUUUGUGGGAUGAAAAUAAUGGCAAACCAAUUUUUCGGGCCACAAUGAGCUUGGAAAGACUUAUGAACAUAUCACGAUGCCUUCGUUUUGACUCCGCUGCAGACAGGGAUGAGAGAAGACAGCGUGAUAAAUUGGCACCUAUAAAAAAAAUUUGGGAUCAAUGGAAUCGGCAGCUCAGGUCAUAUUAUCACUUACAAGAAAAUGUAACAAUAGAUGAGCAGUUAGUACCUUUUCGUGGUCGUUGCAGCUUCAGGCAGUACAUUCCAUCGAAGCCCGCAAAAUACGGCUUAAAAAUAUGGGCUCUAUGUGAUUCAAAAAGCAAGUAUGCCUGGAGCAUGGAAGUUUAUUUAGGACGGGCAAGAAAUACGCAACCGGAAAGGAACCAAGGUGAACGUGUUGUUCUAUCCCUAUCAGAACCCCUUCCCAGAGGUCACACUAUUACUUGCGAUAACUUUUUUACGACGUACAAUCUCGCCGUUCAGCUACUUCGCAGGAACAUUACUUUAGUCGGUACUGUGAGUAAAAAUAAGCUUUUUUUGCCAGGAGAAAUUGUCGACAUGAAGGAAAAGAACAUUUCAGAAAGCAAAUUUUUAUUUACGGAGAAUGUAACUAUUGUAUCGUACGUCCCAAAACAAUAUAAAUUUGUUGUAGCAUUGAGCUCCCUUCACCAUUCUCCACUUGUUGAUGAGGGUGACAGAAAAAAACCUGAAAUAAUACUUCACUAUAAUAAAACAAAAGCUGGUGUGGAUGCGCAUGAUCAGCUGGUUGCUAACUACACAUGUAAACGUCAGACCAAACGUUGGCCAGUUGCCCUCUUUUCGAAUAUCUAUACUAAUAUUAUAAAGCUGAAGAGUUUGUUUGUUUGUUUGAACGCGCUAAUCUCCGAAACUACUGGUUCGAAUUGAAUAAUUCUUUUUGUGUGGGAUAGUCCAUUUAUCGUGGAAGGCUAUAGGCUAUAUAGCAUCACGCUGCGAGCGGAGAAACAGUGGUAAAAAAAAACGGGGGAAAUUAUUUAUCUUUGAGGGCUUCCGUUCCUUGCGCUGCGAAAGCGGUUUAUGAAAAUUUCGAAGAGACAACAUAUCUCAUUUACACAUUUGCCGACGGCAUUUUCAUUUCGGUAAUAUGAAAUUUAGAAGAGCGAGUAUUAAGACGGUUGUGUUGUGUUAUAUUAUGAAAAUAAAGCACAUUUUCAAAAUAACAUUUUUCCAAAAAAUUAGUAUGUAGUUUAAUAUUGUUAA